UAAUAACCCACUUUCGUCAAUUCAACCCCGUUAUUCUCCCCCAAAUUCACAUACGCUCCGUUUACCAAUACAAACCCACUCCUCUCAUGGCUUCCCCCACCACCACCGUCCUCUUCUCCCUCAUCGUCGCCAUCUCCGCCAUCUCCGCCACCGCCAGACCCUGUAAAACCAUCUUCUUCAUCACCUCCACCUACCUCCCUACUAACCCCCAAUUCCAAAACCCUAACCCUAACUCCCCCCGCCUAACCUUCUUCAUCACCGAAAUCCACCAAUUCCACCGCACCAGAUCAUCCUUCUCCUCCCACCACGAUGUCGUUUCUUCCAAACCCUACUUCCCCCCAUCCAAUUCCUCUAUUCGUGACCGUACCAUGGAUAUUAUGAGCAUCGUUGGUGCUCUACUCUUUGGUGUAGGCUGUGGUGCGCUUACUGCCGGAACUAUGUACUUGAUCUGGGCUUUGUUCUCUAACCGCUGUUUGGAUAUUGAUUCUGAUGAUUCUGAUUGUGAGGUUGAAGAUGACGUCAGCCCUAGCAAGAACGGUUAUGUUGCGGUUCCGACGGUUGGUAAAGAAGUCCCUCCGUCUGCUGAUGAAGUUGAUGCCAUGAAAUAAGUAAUAAUUGAAGCUGUUGGUAAACUGUUGAUUCUUGUUUUCUCUUACUAUGUGUAUCUGUUAUAAAUUUGAAGUUUUAUUGUGAUUUUCUUGAUGUUAUGCUAUAUGUGUGUGAUUGUAAGGAUGAUGUGUUUCUAUGAAAAUUGACUUUUAAUGAUAUCUGCAUUGGUUUA